AUGGCCAAGCUCCUGCGUGCAGUGCUGCACUCCCUCCUCAGCUGUCUCAUCCCCCCGGCCAACCUGCUGGUGAUUGUGGCCGUCUGCCAGCUGAUGAGGAAGCAGCCAGGCACCAGCUAUGUCUACAUCCUCAACCUGGCCACGGCUGACCUGCUGGUGGGCAUGACGUGCAUCACCGAGGCGCUGGAUGACAUUCUUGAUGGAGGUUUUGACCACAGCAAGUCCUUGUGCCUCCUGCGCAUCGCCAUGAGCGUGACUCCUUGCAUCGGCUCCAUCCUGACCCUGCUCCUCAUCUCCCUGGACAGGUACCUGGCAGUGACACUGCCACUCUCCUACCCCAUCCUCCUGAAGAAAACACCCCUGGUCCUCUCCCUGGUUGUCCUCUGGAUGAUUUCCUUCUUUCUCGGUUACUUGCCUCUGAUCCUGCCCUCCCUCCAGCCAGGCAACUACACGGGUUACUGUGGGCUCCUGUAUGUGGCCAAGAGUGAGUACCUCUACACCAUCUGCUUUGGUGUCUUUGCCCCAUCCCUGCUGGUGCUGGUGGCACUGCACGUCUCGGUGGGCAGCAUCGCCUACGCGCAGCACACGCGGCUCCGGCACUCCUGCGCCCGCCGGCGACACUUCAAGGCCCUGCGGACCGUGCUCCUCAUCCUUGUUGGCUUCAGCCUCUCCUGGGGCCCCUACCUCGUGGGGGGCACCGUGCAGGCUGCCUGCAGCUCCUGCACCCUGGCUGCCCCACUCAAGGAUGCCUUGUUCCUGCUGGGUGAGACCAACUCCCUCAUCAACCCCCUCAUCUACGCCCUGUACAGCAGGGACAUCCGGAGCCACCUUGCAAAGCUGCUUGGGUGCAGGGCCCAGGGCCAGGUGCAGCCCCCAGACCCAAGCAUCGGAACCAUUGGGACCUGGGCCAGGGGCCAGCCCGCAGCACCCUAUUCAUGAGGGGUCAGUGCUGCGGGCUGCUG